AUGAUCAGCAGCGCUGGUAUUCAGAAGCCUACAGGAGCAGGUACCACUCGCAAGAUACGGGAACAGCUGAACUUCACUGACGAGCGACGCUGGAAACAGUUUUCAGGCCGCAGACUGGAGCUCAUCGAGAAGUUUAAGCUGAGUGAGCGCAAGGCCAGCGAACAAGAUAAAAAUGUCUCGCAGAUCGCCACGAUCCUGCGAACUGAGUUUGGUUACCCACUGAGCUCGACACCCGAAUUUGAAAAACUCGUUACAGCAGCCGUACAGUCGGUUCGUCGCAACCGCAAACGCUCCACCAAGCAGCGACCGUCAGGUGUGGGCGCGGACUUGCUUUCUGCGACGUCCCUCAGUCCUGCACCGGGAUUCAUGGACACACCUCGCACUGGUGAUCUGCUUCUCGACCCUCACGAACACACCGGGCCCUCCGGGACCAGCUCGCCAUCUCACAAAGACUCUUUGCAGGUCAGAACCUCAUCUUUGUUUACCCAUUCUGUUCGUCAGCACGAUCCUAGUAUCAUCAACAGCAGUACCGUACAGCCCCCUGCAUUGCCCGUGAUACAGCCUCGCCGGCAGCAUCAAAACGCACUAAAGACCAGUCCUUUGCCGCCUCUAGUUUCAACACAAAACCAUCAUUACGACGAGCUCAUUAAGACCAUCAUUGCUGACGCGGUUCAUAAUCGAGUUUCCCUGCAUGAACAAUCACAACGGGACGACUAUACGCCCAAUUUAACCGACUUCGCCCUUUCUAGUAAUGAUGGUGAACUAUUAAACCUUGCAUUCCAAUCUCAAGCUCUUACCGGCUCCCUUUACACAACCGCCGCACGCAAACCGAAGACUCAAGCUGACAACGGCAAAAUUCCCUUUUUUCUGCGAGAAAAGAUACUAUUGCACAUUCAACGGUCAAGAACGUGUUUGGAGCUGAGUUCUUCACAGGGCUCAUUGGAGCUGUACUCAACCUUGGAGAUUUUGGGCGAUGCUUCUAUCAAGGCCUCUGUUGCUUUUGUCAUGGAACGAUUCUUUUCAAAUUUGUCCGGACCCUCAAUGGAAUACUUAACUUCCAAACUCAGCUCUGCCUCAGAUUUGGCGUACGUCGCUGUCAAAAUCUUUGAGCCAGCAACCGAACAUCACUUCGAGCAACUGCCUCGAGAUGCACAACUAAAACUUUUCAACCUCGCAAUGGGCGGUAUCAUCAAGGAUUUCGGUUUUGAUCCCUGCGUAUAUCCUCUCAGUGAGAUUAUGCAUGAGGUCAUUCUCAAACAGUACCCAUUAGCUAGCCAGCCGAAUAGGGAGUGUAAACGUUCUGCAAUUAUGUCGACACUUUCCAUGGCCCCAGCAUCAGCCAACAAAGAUGUCUAUCGGAGGGUCUUAUUGAAGUUCAAAGAUAAAGAACAAAGAUUUACGUUCCACUUGUUAAGCAAUGGUCCGCCAUCGGUUGCAGAGGUCCUCGCAAAUUCCCGUCACUUAUUUCAAAUUGUGUCUCAAGCCAAAAGCCUGCAUUUAGUUCAUAACAAUGAUCUGAUUAGGGAUGACUCGGAGCUGGCCCGAAUUUUCAAUAAGUUCACAUCCGAGGAAAUAGUAGUAGAGAUUCGCGAGGAAGUACCGGAGUCCUUCAAUGGGCUUGCAAUGCUGAGUCGCGUAUCUGCAUCGGCAUUUCCUCACGUCGAGCACACGGAAUUCCACGACACCACGGGGCCCCCAGAUAAAUCUUUACUCCCAUCCACUUCUCAUGAUAUUUCAGAUGACGGGAAUUUGCACAAGAAAAUCAAGUUGUCGAAAGAGCACGACACUACCGACCUUGAUACCAUAACCGCUACUUUGGUAGAUUCGAAGGAAGACGACGAAAAAGUAGCGCCAAAAAAGGACACAAAGACGAGACCACCGUUAGUGUUCCAGCCUUUGUUAUAA